AUGGAUAUUGACGUGUCAUUUAUGGGUAUCACAGACUUUGUCGAGCAAGAGCUACCCAGUGCCCCAGUCGAGCUCGAUGCAGUCGUUCAAGACUUGAAGAAACGAAAAAUACUUGUGAACCGGGGGGUCUCUAACACUAUAUCGUUCAAUAAGCACCAGCGCUCGUCUGAACUCCACCGGAAAACCCGUUUCUCUCACACCUUUAAGUCUUUCCAAACACUGUUCCGACCUGGCACCAUUACCAAACCAAGUCGCGUCAUGAAGACGCUCCAAUCGAUUUCUAGCGCCAUUCGUAAAGCCCUAUCAAGGUUCUUUCGUAGUGAGAUCAGCAACAGCCAUAUUAUGCUGGAAAAGGACAUUGAAUCUACGACCCAUGGUUGCAUCACCUGUAAUUGGGAGGGCCCCGUGGAUGCUACCAAUGCCCUAGUGCCAAUUAUGGGCAUCGACAGCCACGACGUCCACCUCACGUCCAAUCAAAUUGAUUUUAUUCUUCUGUCCCUCGUUGGGAAAAUCAUGAACAGCGACGCCGGUCGAAGGUUUUGCUUUGCGGUCACAUUUGAAGGAUCUAAAGUGAAUUUGUGGAAAUUUACGAGAUCUUUCUACAUCAAGUCGACGCCAUUUGAUAUGACCGAGUUCUCGUUUCCCUUCUCUGCGCACCGAGAGAUCUACUGGGAUAUGAUCUAUGCUCAGUAUACUGCACGGAACUGGGAUCGAAAAUGCAGCGACAUAUCAUCCUAUUCAUGGAUCAUAAGUCAAGCCUUCAACACCUUUUUCGAUGAUGCCGAAGCUUGCAGGAACGAAUGGGCGCACGUCGAGCUCCCAGUUGAUUCUGAACCUCGCUCAGCGCUCCCUCCGCACUCCCAUCAGGAAUCUGGUCUCCCAGCGGAUCCCGAUCAAGAAGGAAGACCUCGUAAGAGGGCCCGGCCGAACCCACUCUGCACUCCCGCCAUUGUUCCUCGUCGCAGUGGCCCAGUAACUAGAUCCAUGGCGAAGAGUGAAGGUCGUAUUACAAGAUCUACCACUCGUCGCCUUCAAGAAGAAGAGACGAGGAAGAAACACCGUUUGAAGUAA